AUGCCCCACGCUGAGAGAGAUACAAUGGGUGAGCCCGUAGUCAAUGGCGAGAAGCCUUACUCUCAAUUCCUCUCUCAUCUGACCUCCUACCCCGUGGUCUCGGACUCCAUUACCACUUUUAAGAACAACAAAUACGGAGCCACCUCUCUCAAAUAUGCCGACCAAGGCUACGAACGCAUUGCGAAGCCCUUUUUUCCCUACCUGUCAACUCCCUACGCCUAUGUUGCGCCUUAUCUCGCCAAAGCCGAUUCUCUUGGCGACCAGGGCCUGACCAAGGUGGAUGAGAGAUUCCCCAUCGUGAAGGAGGACGCCGACAAGAUCAAGAAUACAAUCGUUGAUACCGCCUACUUGCCGUUCCGUCUUGCCGAUGACACACGCAAGCAUGUCUUUGACACGUACGGUUCAGAGUACAAGAAGUGCGGCGGCGAUGGCUAUGUGGCCAGCGGAAAGGCCGUCAUCACCACCGGACUGGUGAUUUCGCAGGAGUCACUAGCUUGGUUGAGCGAUUAUCUGGCAGACAAGAAAGAGCAGACGAAGGAGGUAGUCAACGAGAAGGUUAACCAGUAG